AUGAUCGACUUUGAUAAUAGGUAUUACAUCCACAAUAGUCACAAACUCGCUAAUAUAUGCAUUAAAAACUCCACGCUACUCAACUGGUUUACCUCUUGUUUACGUUCCAACAACUUAAAUUUUGAAAGUCAUUCAGUAUAUAAUAUUGAUAAUUGUAUAUCUAGAAACAAAUCAAUUAACCAUGCAUAUAAUACAGGAAACAAACCAAUAGCAUGGGUAUCAAAUGGUAGUGAGAUCAUUUUUAGAAAAUCUGGGAUAGAUUCUAGGUUUUUGUGGGCUAUACCCAUCCACUAUCUCACCAGGGGCAGAGUAUUUAGGCCUAUCAGAUCCACAAAUAUUUGCGGCAACUCUCUAAUUGACUAUUUGAAUAGCCAGCUAAGGAAUCAUCAAUUACAUUCAUUGUCGAAUAUGUGCGUAUCUAACGAUUAUAUACAAAAGCAAAAUAAGAAUUUCGAUAUAGAUACUAACUGUGGCUAUGAAAUAUUAUCAAAUUAUCUAGGAGAUUAUAAUGAAAGUACAGGCUGCUAUAAUGACAUAAAAUGUUGUCAUAGAAAUUUAAAUAAUUCUCAUUUAAAUGGAGGUGAUAAACAAAUUAAAUGCAUUAACUAUAGUGUAACAAGUGACGAUUCUUGUUCCAGCAACUAUUUUGUUAAAUUUGACAACCAAACAGUGUGCAGUGAUAACUUCAUAAAAUUGCUAGAUAAUGCAUUGUAUAAGGCCUUUAAUAGCGAUAGUUCAGAUACGUCACAUACCAAUUGUGACGAUUUUUAUACAUUUAAAAAUGUAUCCCCGUUUGCCAAUAGUGGAAGUUCAAAAACCCCAUCAAACACUAACACCACUGACAACUCAUCCACUCUGGAAGUAACUACUAUACAGCACAAUCGAAAUGUUACAGCAAACAAAGUUAUGUAUAUAUCUGUGAAAAAUGAUCCAUUAGACUGCGAGUUUGCCAAAUGGUACAACAAUAAUAAAAUAGUAUCUGAGUGGAAGAGGGUAAGAAGGGGAGUAUAUAAUGUGGAAGGUAAAUUGUUGAAUUUGGCACUGGUGAAUGGGAGGUUAUUUGUAAAAAUCAUGGACAAUUUUACCAAAAAGCCUUUCAACAUGCCAAUUGAUGAUUAUACCUCCAAACGCAGCCAUAAAAAAUUGUAG